UUUUUUUUAAUAAAAUUAUUUUGUUAGUAACUUAUCCUACUCCUUUACAAUUUGAAGCUUCUCAAAAAAAAUUUGAAGCUCCUCCUAAACGAUUCAAGAAAUUGGAGGAAACAGACACAGGGAAAUCAACUUUAACUUUUCCUUUAAAAGAUAUGUCAACUUAUACAACUCCAAAAUGUGAUGAUAAAGUUAAAAAUGAGUUAUAUGAGAGUUUUAAACUUUCCUCAAAUAAUGAGAUAGAGUUUAAAAUUGAACAAAGAAAUAAAAAUAAUCAAAUUAUAAAUGCUUAUGCAAAGAAAGCUAGCAACACCUUAACAACUUCUCUAUUUCAUCCAACUCCUCCAAAGUUUGAAAAUCCAUUAAUAGAUGUUCUUCCCCCCCAAAAAAAAAUUAAGAUAUUAAAGGAGCCAGUCCGAAAAUUUUCAAGUUUUUUAAAAGAUAAAUUUCGAAAAUCAACUCAGCAAGAAAAGAAGAAGGCUUCAGUUUUUCCUUUAGAAGAAGGAAGCUUUCAAUAUAAAGUCAUUCAUUUACUGACUGAAUUGAAAAAUGAUGUUGCUGAUAUAAAAGUCAUGUUAAAAAAUGAAAAUAGUUUUGAUCUUCAUCAAUGUAAUUCUAUCCAGGAGUUUCAUGACUUUGAUCAAUCACUUCUGGAUCAAGAUAUUGCAAAAAAUGUGAAACAGAAAUUAUCUAACAUCGGUGGCUUAACAUGUAGUGCUAUUGCAAAGGGUAUGCUUUUAAAAGUGAUGUCAAAUAAAGUUAUGAGUUUUUUUAAUAUUGCUGGAACAAAUAAGCUUAGUUUCAGAAAGACCAAUCUGAUGAAGAUUUUGUGUGACUGUUUACCUGAUUCGUACAGCGAAAAAGACCUUCAAAAUGCUGUUGGAAGUAUUUUAAAACAUGCACCUGACAGGAAAGAGGGCGGAGGACGCCAAAAGUCGAUUUUUGGAUACGAGCAAGAGGAAGAAUAAGAUUUUUAAAAAUAAUAAUAUAUAUAAAUUCUUUGCAAAAACAAAUUAAAAAGUUCG